UGCUGCGCACCGCCCUCGCUCGCUCUGGUUUUCCGUGCCACCCCGCAUCCAUCCCCCUUCAGACGAGGAGCGGCGCCGGCUGACCCGCUCGCAGCCCCUCGCUCACGCCGCGCCGCCUCCUGUCUGGAGACACCUUGGAAGGGAUUUAUUGAACCCCGAAGACGUCCGAUUUCCCAUUAAGGCUCGCUUUAUUUAUUUAUUUAUUUAUUUUUGACCUUAUUUAUCCUUCCUGGACUUUAUGACUGUAUCACGUCCAUCUUGAUACUGAACUUGUUUGGACCUGGACCUCUACUGAUGGAACAGGCUCACUCCUACGUUCUCCUGCAGCCACCCAACGCCACCUAACAUUUCCUGGAAGAACGUGUGUGUCCGCAGCUUGCUCCCAACAAACAUGGACUGUUUUCCCAUGCUUUAUUUUCUGUCGAGACAUCAUGAUUCCUGGUAAUCGAAUGCUGAUGGUCCUUUUCAUAUGCCAAGUCCUGCUGGGAGAGAGCAACCAUGCCAGUCUGAUACCUGAAGAAGGGAAAAAGAAAGUGUCGGGCCUGCAGGGUCGUUCGGACGCUCAGAGCCAUGAACUGCUGCGGGACUUCGAGGCCACCCUGCUGCACAUGUUCGGCCUCAAGAGGCGGCCCAGGCCCAGCAGCUCAGCCGCCGUGCCGCGCUACAUGCUGGACCUGUAUCGGCUGCAGUCCGGGGAGGGAGAGGAGUCCGGGGGCGGCGACGAAUUCGCCUUCGAGUACCCGGAAAGGUCGGCCAGCCGAGCCAACACUGUGAGGGGCUUCCACCACGAAGAGCACAUGGAGAGAGUGCACGAGUUGGAUGACAGUGAGGCCACGCCCUUACGUUUCCUGUUCAACCUCAGCAGCAUUCCCGAGGACGAGCUGCUCUCCUCGGCCGAACUGCGCCUCUACCGGCAUCAGAGAGCCGAGGCGGGCGGCGACGACAACAAGGCGGGCCUCCAACGGAUCAAUGUGUACGAGGUGUUGAAGGCCCCGCGGCCAGGUCAACUCAUCACGCAGCUCCUAGACACGCGGCUGGUGCGACACAACACGUCGCGCUGGGAGAGCUUCGACGUCAGCCCCGCCGUGCUGCGCUGGACUCGCCAGCGCCGCCCCAAUCACGGGCUGGCCGUGGAGGUCCUGCACCUGGACGAGACACCGCGCCACCGGGGCGAGCACGUCCGCGUCAGCCGCUCGCUCCGCCAGGAGCCCGGUGAGGACUGGGAGCAGCUGCGCCCCCUCUUGGUGACGUUCGGCCACGACGGCAAAGGUCACCCGUUGACCAAGCGGACCAAGCGCAGCCCCAAGCAGCGGGGACGCAAGCGCAACCGCAACUGCCGGCGCCACGCGCUCUACGUCGACUUCAGCGACGUGGGCUGGAACGACUGGAUAGUGGCGCCCCCUGGCUACCAUGCCUACUACUGCCACGGGGAGUGCCCCUUCCCGCUGGCGGACCACCUCAACUCCACCAACCAUGCCAUUGUCCAGACACUGGUGAACUCUGUGAACAACAACAUUCCUAAGGCCUGCUGCGUGCCCACGGAGCUCAGCGCCAUCUCCAUGCUCUACUUGGACGAACAUGAUAAGGUGGUGCUAAAAAACUACCAGGAAAUGGUGGUGGAGGGCUGCGGCUGCCGCUAAAGCGCGAGCUAAACCGGACUUGGAUUUAGAAAAAAACAACUCUCGAAAAGGUCUUUUCUUAAAAAUUUCACUUGGACCCUUAUUUAUAACUUUUACAUUGAGGUGUACUUUUUGUCUCACUCUUUUUUUGGUGUUGUUCCUUUGAUAAUAUGAUCAUAUAUUUUGACAAAAUAUAUAUAUAUAUAUUUAUAGCAACAUAUUAAAAAAAUAAAUUGAGUCCUUAUUUUAAA